AUGGAUAAUCCAUUGUCAGCUAUCAACACGCACGUUAGUGAGCAUAUCUUUGAGCACGCUAUUUGUGGCCUAUUAAAAAAUAAGGGUCGUAUUCUCACUCUCAUCAGCUACAUAUACAGGACCGCUGGGAUCAAAUUGCACUGGUAUAAUGGAAAGAUCCAAGCUGUCGAUGCGUAUGCGAGUCUCCGCCAGCGCUCCGCAGACUUUCACCGCUUGAUAACUUUGAGCAUCCAGCAUAAGGAGGAAGGAGACGGAAAUGCAGAUCCUAGGGACCACAGCCACACAGAUGAUCGUAUCGAGCGUAUCGGCACCAGUGUCUCCCUUCAUGGCGGUAGUGCUCUGAUGACUGUGGAAGGCAAAACCGUCAAGAUUGUUCAAUGA